UAAUGCGUGGUGUGUAUUAGAGUACCCUGUUGUGCCACACGCUCCGAAGAUUUGUGUAUCAGCAGGAACAAGUGGCGUUUAAAGUCGUACAAGACUUAAUCAGGAAGACAGAAGUUGUGUAAAAAUUGCAAUUUGAUUGAAUAGUGUGUGAAAAUAUGACAACGGUAGCAAGACCAACUUUUGAGCCUGCUAGAGGAGGACAAGGACGAGGUGAGAAAGACCUGAGUGCAAUUUCGAAGCAAUACAGCAGUAGAGACUUACCAUCGCACACAAAGCUUAAGUACAGGGAACAUGGUCAAGGAACAAUAGAAGAAUUACGCAACCGUGACUUCAGAAAGGAAUUGGAAGAAAGAGAACGAGGGGAAAAAGAAAAAGGAUCAAGUCGCCGUGCCAUUGAACCUUCCAGAGAGCAAACUGCAUCCAGUGCAAAAAGGCAGAAAUUAGAUCAAGUUCCUGCAGCUAGCUUAGAUGCAGAUGAUCCACUUGAUGAUGAUGAGUCAGAUUCUGAUAGUGACGAAGAUGAUACUGUAGCACUUUUAGCUGAACUGCAAAGAAUUAAAAAGGAACGAGCAGCAGAACAAGCUAAGAAGGAGAUGGAAAAACGUCAAGAGGAAGAAAGAAUACGCAUGGAAAAUAUUCUCUCAGGUAAUCCUUUGCUAAAUUAUUCCUCUCAAAGUGGAAGAGUAGAUAUGAAAGUACGAAGACGAUGGGAUGAUGAUGUAGUCUUCAAAAAUUGUGCACGUUCCGAGCCAAAGAAGAAACAUGAUGUAUUUAUCAACGAUUCAUUGCGAAGUGAAUUUCAUCGUAAAUUUAUGGAAAAAUAUGUGAAAUAAUUUAUCAUCUAUGCGACACUUCUGUACAUACUUUUUUAUUGAAUCUUACUGAAAGAAGACUUUCUGUCUACAUGUAUGUUAUCAAUCAUAAUUAAUGGUAUGUGAAACUGUGAUCAGAUUACUAAAAUCAGAUUCUUAAGAUCUUUAAAGAUUUGUACUACAAGCUAUGUAGUCCCUAGAAAACUACAUUUUUAACACAUGCAAUUACUUAGUAAGUAUCAAAUUAACAUAUUACUGAAAACCAUACUAAAUAUACAGAUAUAUUCUCUAAGUAGGAAUAUUAUACAUGCUAAGUCUUUAGUUAUCAUAUAUUAUGUUAUAUCACUUUGAAAUUUGCAUAAG